AAACAUACAGGGAGAGAACCAGAGGAUAAGAUAAUAGAUUAUCAUUUGUCAGUGUUAAUAUUGUGUUGUUUAUAAUAUUUCAAUGGCUACUUUUACUGCCGCCGGUGGAAUGAUUGGAUCAAAUGGAUUACAAUACAAGACCAUGAAGAAGAAGAAGAAUACGGUGAAUAGGAUGAAGGUUUCUUGUUCUUCUCCUUCGGUUUCGAUGGUGGAUCCAUACAAGACUCUCAGGAUCCAGCCGGGUGCCUCUGAAUCUGAGGUUAAGAAAGCUUUUCGCCAGCUCGCUUUGCAGUAUCAUCCUGAUGUUUGUAGAGGAAAUAAUUGUGGGAUGCAAUUUCACCGGAUCAAUGAAGCUUACGAUGUAUGUUGAAUCUGAAAUUUUUUUUUGGAUUUGGUUUUGGAUAAUAUUAAGU